AUGGCGCUCGAAUUAGCCUCCACCUCUGAAUUCCGCUUCGAUCCCGAGCGAACGCCUGGCCUGCGCCACGCCAAAAACCUCACGGACGAGUCUACGCGCGAGCUGGAACGAGUCCUCGAGGAGAACCACUCCAACCACCACAUCUUCACCACGACGGAGGAUCACAAGGGGGUCUACUUCCACAACCACAUCGCCCACCAUGACAUCACGAUCUGGGCCCUCGGCGCCAAUCCCUCGACCAUCCGAUCCCAGCAUGACCGGAACAGCCUCUACCAGCGACAGGCCAUGGUAAUCCAGGACUCUGUGGUGAAGGACAUGGCCGACCCGGCCGUGUACAAGCGGUGUCUGGGCCGCGAGGAGAACUUUCUGAAUUACUGUCGGUUCUUCGAGGACGAGAUCAAUCGGAUUGGAUACCAGGCUGUGCUGCAGAAGUAUCUGGUUGAUGGAUCGGAGAUUGCCGAUGAUAUGCUGUGUCGGAUUUACAUGGGUUACGUCCACGGCAUCAUCCACAUCGGCAUGGCGCUGGAAUUCAAACAAGCUCGACUCCUGGCGGAGGGAUUUGCUCAGGCCGCCGUGCACCACGACUGGUGGUAUACCGAGUACCUGACGCAGUCUGAGGAACUAGCCAAGAAGGAGGAGGAGCCGGCAUUGCCUCUCAGCGACCUGAUCGACCUGGCGCGCCAGGACGACACCAUACGCAACUGCUCCACCCUGUACUACCACUUGCAGAAGCGCAAAAUCACCGGCGAGAUGUGUUUGGAUCUCGAGCCGGCGCGAGACGGGGUGCUCAAAAACGCAGGACCGGAGUUGCGGCGUGUGGCGGCGAGAUAUCGAGUCGAUCCGAAUGACUUGGAGCGGGCGACGGCGGAGUUGCAGAACACUGCUGUCUAUCUAACCGCCGGCGCACAGCGCCCACCGCACAUCUGCGCCUUCGACUUCUUCCUCCUGCACAGCGUCACCUCCAGCAUCGGACACACCAUGUUCCUAGCUGAACCCUCCCUCAGCAACGCCCAAAAGGCUCGUCUGCUUGAAUACACCGGCCGGGUCUACCUCCUCUCCUACGCGGGACAAGGCAGCCCUGAGCCACGACUCGACUGGCUGGCGUCGCACCCGUCCCGGCUGCCCAAUCAAGGAUGGGACGAGGUGUUCGACCGCGCCUGCUACCACGAAGACGACGGCCACAUGUGCAAGCUGAUCCGGUGCAUGGCGCACGCGGAGGAGACCUCGCGGCCGUACGACCAUCUACCGGAGUUCCGGGUGAAGCAGGGGCUUUUCCUAACGGCGGGGAUUGCGGCGAUUGAUUCGGGUACGGAUAAGCCCAUGGAUGGAACGAAGCAUUUUGAUUUUAUUCGUGGGUCGGGGUUCAAGGAAGCGUGGGAGAGGUUUCCGUUGCGAACUGGGGGGUUGGUGAAUAAGUUGUAG